AGCCCCGCCUCCUCCCCCUGCCCCGCCUCUCCCCUCCCCGCCCCGUCCCGCCCGGCGACUUAACGCGUCCCCGCCCGGCGCCCGGUCUCAGCAGCCGCCUGUAGCCGCUGGAGCUGCAGCUACCUCUGUGUGUCCGCGUGUGCGCCCAGUCCCCGCCCGCCGCACCAUGGAGGGCUACCACAAGCCUGACCAGCAGAAGCUGCAGGCCCUGAAGGACACGGCCAACCGCCUGCGCAUCAGCUCCAUCCAGGCCACCACGGCAGCGGGCUCUGGCCACCCCACGUCAUGCUGCAGCGCCGCAGAGAUCAUGGCUGUCCUCUUUUUUCACACCAUGCGCUACAAGUCCCAGGACCCCCGGAACCCACACAAUGACCGUUUUGUGCUCUCCAAGGGCCAUGCAGCUCCCAUCCUGUAUGCGGUCUGGGCUGAAGCUGGCUUCCUGCCCGAGGCGGAGCUGCUGAACCUGAGGAAGAUCAGCUCCGACUUGGACGGGCACCCAGUCCCUAAACAAGCUUUCACCGACGUGGCCACUGGCUCCCUGGGCCAGGGCCUCGGGGCCGCUUGUGGGAUGGCCUACACCGGCAAAUACUUCGACAAGGCCAGCUACCGAGUCUAUUGCUUGCUGGGAGACGGGGAGCUGUCAGAGGGCUCCGUAUGGGAGGCCAUGGCCUUUGCCAGCAUCUAUAAGCUGGACAACCUCGUGGCCAUUCUAGACAUCAAUCGCCUGGGCCAGAGUGACCCAGCCCCGCUGCAGCACCAGAUGGACAUCUACCAGAAGCGGUGCGAGGCCUUCGGCUGGCACGCCAUCAUCGUGGAUGGACACAGCGUGGAGGAGCUAUGCAAGGCCUUUGGCCAGGCCAAGCACCAGCCAACAGCCAUCAUUGCCAAGACCUUCAAGGGCCGAGGGAUCACGGGGGUAGAAGAUAAGGAGUCUUGGCAUGGGAAGCCCCUCCCCAAAAACAUGGCUGAGCAGAUCAUCCAGGAGAUCUACAGCCAGAUCCAGAGCAAAAAGAAGAUCUUGGCAACCCCCCCGCAGGAGGACGCCCCCUCAGUGGACAUUGCCAAUAUCCGCAUGCCCAGCUUGCCCAGCUACAAAGUUGGGGACAAGAUAGCCACCCGCAAGGCCUACGGGCAGGCACUGGCCAAGCUGGGCCAUGCCAGUGACUGCAUCAUCGCCCUGGAUGGAGACACCAAAAAUUCCACCUUCUCUGAGAUCUUCAAAAAGGAGCACCCGGACCGCUUCAUCGAGUGCUACAUUGCUGAGCAGAACAUGGUGAGCAUCGCGGUGGGCUGUGCCACCCGCAACAGGACGGUGCCCUUCUGCAGCACUUUCGCAGCCUUCUUCACACGGGCCUUUGACCAGAUUCGCAUGGCCGCCAUCUCCGAGAGCAACAUCAACCUCUGUGGCUCCCACUGUGGCGUUUCCAUCGGGGAAGACGGGCCCUCCCAGAUGGCCCUGGAAGAUCUGGCCAUGUUUCGAUCAGUCCCCAUGUCAACUGUCUUUUACCCAAGUGAUGGCGUUGCUACAGAGAAGGCAGUGGAACUAGCCGCCAAUACAAAGGGUAUCUGCUUCAUCCGGACCAGCCGCCCAGAAAACGCUAUCAUCUAUAACAACAAUGAGGACUUCCAGGUCGGACAAGCCAAGGUGGUCCUGAAGAGCAAAGAUGACCAGGUGACCGUGAUCGGGGCUGGGGUGACCCUGCACGAGGCCUUGGCUGCCGCUGAGCUGCUGAAGAAAGAAAAGAUCAACAUCCGCGUGCUGGACCCCUUCACCAUCAAGCCCCUGGACAGAAAACUCAUUCUCGACAGCGCUCGUGCCACCAAGGGCAGGAUCCUCACCGUGGAGGACCAUUAUUACGAAGGUGGCAUUGGUGAGGCUGUGUCCAGUGCAGUGGUGGGCGAGCCUGGCAUCACUGUCACCCACCUGGCAGUUAACCGGGUACCAAGAAGUGGGAAGCCAGCUGAGCUGCUGAAGAUGUUCGGUAUUGACAAGGAUGCCAUUGCACAAGCGGUGAAGGGCCUCAUCACCAAGGCCUAGGGCGGCCAGUGUGGUUCUGGGGAAGAAGGGUAGAGGGUGCACUAGGGAGGCUGGUGUCCUUGGCCCUGGGCCAGGACCUGGGUGUCCCGAGUCCCCUUGGAAUCACCUGCAACUGCCGUCAACCUCCAGAACUAUCACUGCCUCCCAUUCAUCACCAGCUGACAUUUGACUGCAACCUGCCUUCUAGCUGAGAGGCUGAGACCCACAUCCCUCAUUGUGACCUCAGUCCGCCUGGCCCUGAGGGGCCUGGGGAACUGCCUCGGUGUGGAAGCUGACCGGGCACUCUCAGGGCUGCCCCACCUCCCCCAAGUCCCCACAGUCUUGCAGUCAGGGCUCUUGGGGUAGAAAGGUUCACUUGCUUAUUGUCCCUCGUCCUUGUCAGACCCUCUUAACUAGGCAUCUCAGAGAAGCAGAGACAGGGCAGCCUUGGUCCUGGGGGAAAAGGGACCCUCAGGAUGGCAUGAGAGGUCCUCAGUCCCAAGUGUGGAACUGUCCCCCUCAACUUGUUAAAAUGCAGAUUUCUGGGUCUUGCCACUGGGGCCUGGGACUGCAUAUGACAACUGGCCCAGCAGCUUCUGAUGUCAUACACAGAAUUCUGCAGUCCCCAGCUCCAGCCCCGUCCUGCUCUGCUGUUCCUAGGUGACUGCCCUCACACUGCUGGUUUCUCCGCCUGCUGCUCGGGCUCAGCUGGGGUCAGCCCUGCUUCUAAGGCCAGCUCUGCAAAACCUUGUACUGGCCAAGAACAAACUAGUGCUGGGGGAGGAGGGCUGGGUGCCCCGGCCACUGGUGGGAUCCCCAGGAAAUCCUCAGAGCUGUUGCAAGGAUGAGACACAUUUGUGGACCUGUCCACCUGUCCUCCUGACAGUCAGGAGAGAAAAAACCUGUCAAAGCC